ACAUACAGACAGAGUCUCAGAGAGGAGGAGAGAGAGAAGACAUGCCAUGUGCUUAGCUGCGAUCAGAUUAACUAACGAUGUCUGCCCUCCAUUGGCUGCUUUCAAUUCUCUCAAAGUUUCAAUUUUUCCCCUGAAGAAACAAAAAGCAACAGACAGAAUCAUUAGAGAAAGCUUUAUGCGUUAACCCAAAACUUAUCAACUUGUAUUUUUCUGUUUUUCUUUCACUCCCUCACUUUAUUUUUAUUCUCACACCGUAGCAACAGAUCCACGAGUAAGUCUUAUAAGUCUCUUGUACACUUUCUAGGGAUCUGGGUUUCCUUUUCUUUCUCAAAAAAUUCAUACCAAGACAUUGCUUUUCCUCUUUUGCACUCUCAUUUCAACUAAAAGAGAUUCUACACCUAGUUAAAGUGUUGCAGAUGUUACUGUAAUAGUCAAAUUUCUUACAGUCAGACCCAGAUCUUGAAAAGGGUGUAUUUUAAAAUGCUUCAAUGAUGGAGCUAAUACUCGAUUAUGCGUCCAUGUCACAAAUCUUCUAAUGGGUAUCGGAUGCUUUUUCUUAAAAAAGUCUGGUUUUGUUUCUUCUUAACUGGGCAGUUUAUUCAAUUCUUGAAAAUCGAAUUUAAACCAAGUUGAUUUUGGGUUUUGUUUAUUUUUGAGUAAACUCUUCGAUGGCUUAUCCAUCAGAGCAUUAUGGGUUGUGUAGUAAUGGCGGUUUAAGGAUAGUUUUGGCGUUGGUGGCUACAUUCUUGGUUGGGUACAUUGCGAAACCCCAGCUGUAUUCAAGGGAGAGUUCAAGUAAUCAAACUUUAUGUCCUUGUGAUUGUGAUUGCUCUGAAGAGAUUGCCUUGUCCUUACCAUUAGGAUUUAUCAACAGCUCAUAUUCAGACUGUGGCAACCAUGACCCAGAUGUGCAUGAAGAAAUGGAGAAGGAUAUAGUAGCUUUACUGUCUGAGGAAAUUGAUUUGCAGAAAAGAGUGGAUAAUGAUUCUUCUGAGCACACCAGGGCAUUAAUAAUGGAUGCUAGGAGAGCCUCUUCACACUAUCAGAAAGAAGCAGAAAAGUGCAAUGCUCAAACAGAAACUUGUGAAGAAGCAAGGGAAAGGGCUGAAGCAGAAUUAGUAGAAGAGUAUAAGCUUUCAGCAUUGUGGGAGAAAAGAGCAAGAGAACUUGGAUGGAAAUAUAACAGGAAAAUGUAUACAUGAUGCAAAUUUUCUCUUUUACAAGUAAUGUUAGGCUUUGAUUUGCAAUUUGUGAAAUAGCUUGUAUAACCAGUAUAUUAGCAUGCAAGUUUGAUGUCAAUAGUCUUGAAGAAUUGAUGUUGCUCUGCCGUCAAUGUAAAGGAAAUUAAACCGAUGAAAUGGUUCUGUAUUCCCAAACUCUGAUUGAAAUAUUUCUUGUUCAUUUCCUGAUUGAAAA